AUGAGCAUCGACGGCGUGAACCCAUUCCCUGCUCCUGCAGACUCGGAGUCGGGAUGGAAGGAGAACCCCGAGGACGAGAAGGCCACCGCGCCGCGCUACGUGGAUGCGUUUGGCGAUGAGUCCAACGCCGAAGUCAAAUACAAGACUAUGGAGUGGUGGCAAACUGGGAUGUUCAUGAUUGCGGAGUCUGUUUCUCUUGGUGUGCUGUCGCUGCCAGCAACUCUCGCCCAGCUGGGCCUUGCGCCAGCUAUCAUCUUGAUUAUCGGCCUGGGUCUGCUUGCCACCUAUACCGGGCUGGUCAUUGCCGAGUUCCAUCACCGCUAUCCGCACAUCCAGAACCUCGCUGAUGCUGGAGAGGUCCUGAUGGGUGCAUUCGGUCGUGAGCUCUUUGGCAUUGGCCAGCUGCUCUUCUCCAUCUUCAUCAUGGGCAGUCACAUCCUGACAUUCAGCGUCAUGAUGAACACCGUUACAGAACACGGCACCUGCACCAUGGUGUUCACGACAGUUGGGUUUGUCAUUUGCAUGGUCUGCUCACUUCCCCGUACCAUGAAGAACAUGACCUACAUCUCCUGCAUGUCCUUUGUCAGUAUCUUCACUGCUGUCAUCAUCACCAUGGUUGGUGUUGGUGUCCAGGGCAAGGGAUACACUACCAUCAAGGCCACUGUAGAUACCGAUCUGUUCCAUGCCUUCACCGCGGUGACCAACAUCGUCUUUGCUUACUGCGCUCAUGUGGCCUUUUUUGGUCUCCUCGCUGAGAUGAGGGAGCCUCGGGACUUCCCCAAGGCUCUGUAUCUGCUGCAGACAUUCGAGAUCAUCUUUUACACCGUUGCAGCCGUUGUCAUCUACUACUACGCCGGCCAGUCGGUCGAGUCGCCUGCUCUGGGCUCAGCAGGCCCGGUCCUGAAGAAGGUCGCCUACGGGAUCGCGAUCCCGACGAUCAUUGGCGCCGGUGUUGUCAACGGCCACGUUGGUCUCAAGUACAUCUAUGUCCGCCUCUUCCGUGGAACAGACCGAAUGCACCGCCGUGAUCUUUUCUCGAUUGGAUCGUGGGUGGGCAUUGCUUUGACCUGCUGGAUCAUUGCCUGGAUCAUUGCCGAUGCCAUUCCAGUAUUCAGCGACCUACUCAGUCUUAUUAGCUCCCUCUUUGCUAGUUGGUUCAGUUACGGACUGUCCGGUGUAUACUGGCUGCACCUUAACUGGGGCAAGUGGUUUUCGUCCCCCAGAAAGAUCUGCCUCACUAUCAUCAACGUGCUGGUUGUUUUGAUCGGUGGUUGCAUAUGCGGCCUUGGAGUCUACGUCUCUGGCAAGGCUAUUCACGACGAUGCCUCGAGCAACAGCUUCUCCUGCAACAGCAACGCAUGA